AUGGAGCCCCGGGUGGUUGCGGAUGCUGUGGAGGCGGGAGAGGAGGACGUGAUUAUGGAGGCUCUGCGCACGUACAACCGGGAGAACUCCCAGAGCUUCACGUUUGAUGAUGCCCAACAGGAGGACAGGAAGAGACUGGCGGAGCUGCUGGUCUCGGUCCUGGAGCAGGGCUUGCCGCCCUCCCGCCGCGUCACCUGGCUGCAGAGCAUCCGCAUCCUGUCCAGGGACCGCAGCUGCCUGGACCCUUUCACCGGCCGCCAGAGCCUGCAGGCACUCGCCCGCUAUGCUGGCAUCGCCUUCGAGCAGUCGGCCCCGGAGCCUCUGGACAUGGACGUUGUACUCGAGUCCCUUAAGUGCCUGUGCAACCUCGUGCUCAGCAGCCCGGUGGCACAGGUCCUGGCAGCAGAGGCCCGCCUGGUGGUGAGGCUCGCAGAGCGCGUGGGGCUGUAUCACAAGAGCAGCUUCCCACACGACAUCCAGUUCUUUGAUUUGCGCCUCCUCUUCUUGCUAACGGCACUUCGCACCGACGUGCGCCAGCAGCUGUUUCAGGAAUUGCGGGGAGUGCACCUGCUGACUAAUGCGCUGGAGCUGACGCUGGGAAUGACCCCCGAAGAGAACGCGCCUGAGCUCCUUCCUCCCCAGGAGACUGAGCGGGCCAUGGAGAUCCUCAAAGUGCUUUUCAACAUCACCUUCGAUUCCAUCAAGAGAGAGGUGGACGAGGAAGAUGCUUCCCUUUAUCGGCACCUGGGGACCAUCCUGCGGCACUGUGUGAUGGUUGCUGCUGCUGGAGACCGCACAGAGGAGUUCCACGGCCACACAGUGAACCUCCUGGGGAACUUGCCCCUCAAGUGUCUGGACGUCCUCUUUGCCCUGGAGCCACGCAAAGGCUCCUUGGAGUUCCUUGGAGCGAAUAUGGAUGUGAUUCAUGUCCUUCUCAGCUUCCUGGAGAAGCGUCUGCACCAGACGCACAGGCUGAAAGAGAGCGUGGCCCCGGUGCUGAGCGUGCUGACGGAGUGUGCCCGCAUGCACCGCCCUGCCAGGAAGUUCCUGAAGUCCCAGGUGCUGCCCCCACUGCGGGACGUGAGGACCCGGCCUGAGGUUGGGGAGUUGUUGCGGAACAAGCUCGUUCGCCUCAUGACACACCUGGACACUGAUGUGAAGAGAGUGGCCGCUGAGUUCCUGUUUGUCCUGUGCUCUGAGAGUGUGCCCCGAUUCAUCAAGUACACGGGCUACGGGAAUGCCGCCGGCCUCCUGGCUGCCAGGGGCCUCAUGGCGGGGGGCCGGCCUGAGGGCCAGUAUUCGGAGGACGAGGACACGGACACAGAUGAGUACAAGGAAGCCAAGGCCAGCAUAAACCCAGUGACCGGGAGGGUGGAGGAAAAGCCGCCCAACCCCAUGGAGGGCAUGACGGAAGAGCAGAAGGAGCAUGAGGCCAUGAAGCUGGUGAACAUGUUUGACAAGCUCUCCAGGCACAGAGUCAUCCAGCCCAUGGGGAUGAGUCCCCGGGGUCAGCUGACAUCCCUGCAGGAUGCCAUUUGUGAGACCAUGGAGGGGCAGCUCUCCUCGGAACCCGACUCAGACCCCGACUGAGGACAGCAGUCUUCUGUUCCCCCUUCAGAACUGGUGCUGCUUCCAGAGAUGUCCUUGGGACUAUGACCCGGGGAAGCCAUGUCCCUCUCUCCAGCUCAGAGACCCCUUUCUCUUUACUUCCAAAGUUCUGUUAAUGAUUUGUCUCUGGUCCAAUUUCUUACCUUUAGGACUGUGAGGGCCUUGUCCUGCUGCAGCUCUGGGAACUCAGCCUUGAUUUCCACAGAUGAAGUAGUUCUCACAUGUGUGCCAAGAGGAUGUGUGCAGAGGCUGAUGCCUGGGGCAGAGGCUGAGCGUGGGCACACACAAGCAUGUCUGGGUCUGGCACGCUUGCCCAGAGCUUCCAUGUCAAGCAAGCGCUGCAGUUCACGGGAAAAGAACUUGCUAGAACUGUGUGUACUAAUGUCAGAAACAUACUUCCAAGGUAUGCUCUGCUGUUUCUGUCCCCACUGAGCUCAGGACUGGUAGCCUCUUAGGCGUCCUUGGUCCUCGCUCGGCUGUCUGCUGUAGUAUCCACAGCACCCAAGCUCUCACCGGUUGUGACAGUGGAAUCCUGACCAUAAAUAGAUGAAGCGAAGUGCACCUCUUAGAGCCCUAAGUCUGGAUUUCUAUCACCUGCCACAAAGCAUCACAAAAACAUCAUCUUGGAAUAAAGAGUUUGAAGCAAAA